GCGCCCGACAGACAGCCCGAGGUUCCCCAGUGGUCAGAGCUGGAAGACCAGAGUUCCCAAAGGGCGACUUUGAGAUGCGAGCUGCUCGUCCAUGGGUGUAAGCAGGCUGGAUGUGUUCUACCGGAGGCUGCUCCUCACCAGGCUCUUCAUACAAGGAUGGGGGAAACCCGAAGACCUCAAAAGAAUUUUUGAGUUCCGGAAGAUCAUUGGAGACAGGGAGCGAUGUAAGGAUCUGGUGCCCACUGACUAUCCUGUUUACAUUGAUAAGACAGAAGACCAGUGUGACUGUAAGAUCCAUGAUGGAUUCCUCAUUUCUCCUCUUGAACAUUUGAUCCCUGGAAUUCUUCCACCCGAGGCUGUAAAGGCAAGGUUCCAGUUCAUAGUUCCACAGCAGUGGCAGAAGAACAGGCCAGUAUGUAUCCACCUGGCUGGGACUGGAGACCAUUUUUUCUGGCGACGUCGGACCCUGAUGGCGAGACCGAUGAUCAAGGAGACAGGAAUGGCGUCACUGCUGCUUGAAAAUCCUUAUUAUGGCUACCGCAAACCCAAAGACCAGCGGCGGUCCAGUCUUAAGAAUGUCUCGGAUCUGUUUGUAAUGGGCGGAGCUUUGAUCCUGGAGUCCGCUGCACUUCUACACUGGCUGGAACGGGAAGGCUAUUGGCCACUGGGAAUGACCGGCAUCUCCAUGGGGGGAUAUAUGGCAUCCCUGGCAGUGACUAACUGGCCUAAACCCAUCCCUCUGGUUCCCUGUCUGUCCUGGUCCACGGCAUCAAGUGUCUUCACCACGGGUGUACUGAGUAAAGCAGUAAACUGGAGAGAACUGGAAAAGCAGUAUGCGGUCAACUCAGUCUAUGAGGAGGAGAUCAUACAGCUAUUGGAGUACUGUGGGGCUGAUUCCUUUAAAAUAGGUCAGAAUAUCGUCAGGAGCUCUCAGAGUAGAUUGGACUCAGUGGAACAUCCCCGCAGCACGAGCAGAGUUGAGGUUUCCUCAGUGGACCAGGAUCCCAGGGUCGGGGGAGCAGCUGAGGCUGGACAAGAAACGUUACUUUGUAGAGAUCAUGAAGGGGAUAAGGUCGGGUCUGGACUAGACCAUCUACUGUCAUCAGGGAGCAGCAAUGGCAGGAGCUUGGGGACUCCACCAGAAACCUUCCUUGCUAAUAGCACUCUUCGUACCAAAAACAUGGGUAUUCCAAGCAGUCGCCAGCUGUCAUUACAGAGAGAGUCCAUAAGCUUCAUGAAAGGCGUGAUGGAUGAAUGUACACACAUGGCCAACUUCUCUGUUCCUGUAGACCCCAGCCUCAUCAUCGUGGUCCAGGCUAAGGAGGAUGCCUACAUCCCUCGUGCAGGAGUCCUGGGUCUGCCUGAGAUCUGGCCGGGUUGUGAAGUCAGAUACCUAAAAGGAGGACACAUCAGCGCAUAUCUCUUCAAGCAGAAUAUGUUCAGACAGGCCAUCUACGAUGCCUUUGACAGAUUCCUGCAGAAGUACUCAAACUCUUGACCAUGGAAACGUCUUGGAGCUCCUCUUUCCCAUGGAAGUGACCAGAGUUAUGUUGCAGUACAACAUGGAACGAGUUACUCUUCCCUUAACUGACAGGAGAUGUGUUACCUAAAUGGCUGCAUAUGAAAACCAC